AUGGAGAAGCCCUCGUCAACUCGAGGCUCGCCAUCUGAGCAGCUAACUGCUUUCAACCCCAUUGGGUAUGAUGCUUUCGCUAACCGGGGAGAUCCCGUUCCGUUCCCUGGAAUUGGUUCUAUCCGCCCAAUCGGUGAUCCGUUUGCUAGUUGGUCUAACGAGCGCUCCGCGCCUACCUUACCUUCUCAAACGAUCCCUACAAGCUCUGCUUCCGGUUAUGCCUAUGCGGCCCAGGCGUUCGACCCCUCCAAUGCGCUAACUCAAAUUGCGCCCGCAACUCUUGACCAGGCAAAUACUCAUGCAUCGGCCAACCAGUUUGAGUAUUCGUCGACUUCCCCACAGCUCUCUCCUACAAAUGCUGGUUCUGGUGGAAUGCGAUACUCGCCUUCUCAUGUCCAAGCGUCUCGGUCUGUGGAUCAAAUGCAGUACUCACCUCAUGCAUUGACUCACAAUCGUAUGCAUUUGGGUGAUCCACACUACCUGCUUUCUCCUGUUCAGACAGCUAUUGCCAACACUCGCUAUUCACCAUCUCGUGAGGGAAUUAGUUAUGAAUAUAGCCCUAGCCCGGCUUUCAUAUCUAGCUUGUUCGCAAACACUCACGGUCCCGCAACUGGAGAUGCAAAUGUUGCACCUGCAAAUGCGCUGACUUAUGGAAGCACCGAUCACCAAGCUGGUCGCAGCGCUGGUAUCCCCGCUUCACGAUCCUUCAGUGGUGGAAUUCAUGAAUCUACCGAGAAGAAUCGAUCCUUUAUCGUGCACAAUGUCCCUCUCGACACUUCGCACCGCUCUAUCACUAUGAUGCUCCCUAUUGAGGAGUAUCCUUCCCUUGAGAAUGUUUGCCUCAAGCAGCUUGGGACUAAGGGCGUGUUCUCGUUUUCCUUUGGCGAUCUUCGAGAUGCCAUCAAUGCCAUGAACAAAAUUCGCUCAACCCGUCCUGGAUGGCGCGUCUUCCCGUGCACUGGCCGAGAAAUCUCCAACUUGAACGAAACCAAUGGAUCCGCUUCUGCUCCUUCCGAUGGUGCAUUUUGGCUUUCUGUGUUCACCACCCAGUGGCUCAUGGAGCCUAUGGAUGGGGUGGUCGAAGAUGUUGUUGCCUCCCUUGGCAAACUGCGUUCAUGCAAGCUUAUCGAGACUGGAACGAACAUGAAUCGAUACCACGUGGAAUAUUUCAACGUGCGUCAUGCGGCUUAUGCUUUCUCCUGCCUUGGUGGGUUUAGGCUCGAUAGUCUUCAUUUCGGUGUCUCCCCAAUUGACGCGAAAGAAGAGCCUACUUUGUCUCACAAUCAAACUCCCAGUCGUGCUCGUGUUUCCCCUCAGAGCCCUGUGACCCCAUACCACCUCGUGUCCAAGGAGAACGAGGUCGAGGAGAAGAUCGACAUUUCUCCUUCUUUUGAGGAGGGCAAGACGAAUCCAGAGCACGCGAUUGAUCUCGAUCGAAUCAGGCAUGGACUAGAUGUUCGCAGCACCGUUAUGAUCCGCAAUAUUCCCAACAAGCUUUCCUCGGAACAGCUCCAGCGGAUCAUUGAUGAGUCCAGUUAUGGGAAGUAUGACUUCCUCUAUCUUCGCAUGGAUUUCACUCAUCGUUGCAACGUUGGUUAUGCGUUUAUGAACUUUGGCGAUCCAAUCGAUAUUCUCGAUCUUGUUCGCGCUCGACAGGGCAAAACUUGGCCAAACUGCAUCUCCACAAAGAGAACUGAGGUCUCUUAUGCUACACUCCAAGGGAAGGACGCUCUGAUUAGCAAAUUCCGGAAUAGCAACGUUAUGACCCGUCCUCAUGAAGAACGACCUCGACUUUUCCAUAUCAACGGCCCUCGUGCAGGAACCGAAAUGGCUUUCCCAGGCCCCAAUGAUGCCAGUAAGCUGCGUCGUUCAGUUGCUAGCACUACUCAGCAAGGCCUCUUCGCACCUCGCACCCGAGGUCCCACUACGCCUCGCAACAACCGCACGCGUCCUCAGUCUCAGUCAUUCAGCCAGACACCCCGAAAUCGAGGUUAUAUCCGCACUCCCCGGCAUUCUGCUGGACGAUCGGUCCAGCAUGCCCCUGGCGAGUUUGCUUCGAUGCAGGCAGAGGAUCGUCAAUUUACCUCGCAGAAGAAUUAA